AUGUAUAGACGUCUCAUAGUGGCUACAGCCAAGUCAUCUCGUCGUACCUAUGUUGGACUCGCAUUCAACCAAACGCACAAAAGUGACACUAUUGAUCGAUCAUUAAAGUCGUUUCAGCACACUGUCAAUGGCCCUACAAGCACUAUUUCUCAAGUUGGCAAAGACGUGGACAUGGAGAACGAGACAGAGCCCAUCUUUGAAGUAGUCAAUGCGGGUGUUGGAUCAGCAUUGUUAGUCAAAUUACCCCCUGAUACUGAAAUCACUGCUGCUACUGGAUCAGCUUUGGGUUUAUCCACCAAAGUCAUUUCCAAAUUAGCGCUUGACAAAGGCACUGUAGCAUCCGUUGGUAGAAAGUUGGUGGGUGAUCCCAUGUUUUACCAAAAGUAUUAUACCAAGAGUGCAGCUGGUGACAUUUUGUUAGCCCCUCCACGCUUGGGUGAAAUCACAACCAUUGAAUUGAAGAACAGUACAAAGUAUAUCAUGCGACGUGAUGCGUUUCUGGCAAAGACAGAAAAAGUGACAUUUGAUUUGGGUGUAAAUCAUGAUGACACGGGCUUGUUGAACAAAUUGAUUCAUACCGUCAGUGGGCCAGGCACAUUGGCCCUCAGCCAUUACGGUGGCAUCUAUCGCAUUUCGCUAGCAGCAGGCGAGGAAUACCAAGCAAAUCCUCGUAAUCUGAUCAUGUGGGAUAAGCGCACAAAGCCUACUCGACUUCAUGCUCGCCAUCCUGUGGUGCCUUCACCUAAAUCAAAGCUCAGAAAGUACGAGGUGAUCAGAAACAUUGUAGAUAGUCCUUCUCUUCAACCCAAGUUACAGUAUUUGGACAGCUUAUCCAAGUCUAUUCGCAAUCUGAUGCUGGGUGCUCCUGAUUUUGUUAAAUUGAAGGGACCUGGUGAUUUCUACUUGGCUUCUCGUGUUGAGCCUCGCUUUGAAAAGUCUAGAUUAUUAAAUGCUAUUGCUGCUGCCAAUGAUUCUGCUUCUCAACUAUUUGAGAAAUCUACAGAAAUCUUCCCUGCUGCACCUGCUCAAGUCGCUGAUCCCUUGAUCAAAAAGAAGCAUCCUGGAUACGCUCAAAAGUCUUCAAAUGGUCGUCCUUCUUACUAUGCUGAAAUUGGCUCCAAGGGUACAAUUGAAUUUGUCCCUGCCAACCAAGAUUAA